UAAUAUAUAAUCGAUAAUAACUUUCCAUACUAUAUAUAUAUUUAAAGUUUCUGUUUAAAAGAAGGAAUAAAAUUAUCGGCAAGUGAUUCAAGAUGACAUGGUUGUGUUAUUUUAUCUGUCAUUAAGGUAUUCGUCUAAUAACAAGUUUAACGAAGUAAAUAAAUCUAUUAAAAUGGAUGUUGUAACAACCAGUCUUGAAGCUUUGAUUCAAAGAGCUACGAAUCCACAGAAUCAGAAAUCUGAUAUAGCAGCUAUCGAAGCGUUCUGUGUUAUGGUUACGAAAGAAACAGAAGGUGUUCAAAUAGGCAGUAAAUUAUUAGCAACGCACAUUCAAUCAUCUAAUGAAUCUGAAGCUCUUCAAGCUCUUACAGUGUUAGAUACAUGUAUGAGAAGAUGCGGUCCAAAUUUCCACGCAGAGGUUGGAAAGUUUCGUUUUUUGAAUGAAAUGAUACGACUUGUAUCACCAAAAUAUUUAGGUAAUACAACUCCUGUCGCUGUACGUCGAAAAGUAUUACAGUUAUUGUACUUAUGGACAAAAGAAUAUCCACGAGAAUCAAAAAUCAAGGAGGCCUACGAAAUGCUUAGAAAGCAAGGAGUCGUAGAGGAGGAUUCAGUACCUAUUAUAAGUGAUAUAGAUGAAACCUUUAAAACACCUAAAGCAAAGAAUGCGAUAUUUGAGGAUGAGGAAAAAUCAAAGUUGUUACAGAAAUUAUUACAAAGUAAAAAUCCUGGUGAUUUACAAGCUGCUAAUAGAUUGAUCAAAACUAUGGUAAAAGAGGACGAAAGAAGAGUACAAUUGAAUUCACGAAGGAUUAUGGAACUGGAAUCAGUUCACAAUAAUGUCAAAUUAUUAUCUGAAAUGUUAGAUUCAUAUAAUCAAAAUGAAACUAGUCCUGAAGAUCUUGAAUUAAUGAAAGAACUUCAUCAAGCUUGCGAACGUUUAAAACCCACCGUUUUAAGAUUGGCUAAUGAAACUCAAGACAGUGAAGAAAUGCUUGGUGAUGUACUCGCAGCGAAUGAUGCAUUGGGUCAAGUAUUUGAUAAAUAUACUGCUGUGAUAAUUCUCGGUCAAAAAUUUACUAAAACUAAUAUUAAUAAUGAUCCAUCAUUAUUGGAUUUAUCUUCUCCGAUUGAUUCUGCUAGUUCUGAAUGUACUUCAAAUGUAGAAACAGAUAAAACUAAUAAUACAGUGACAACAAAUUCACAAUCGGACAUGGAAGUUCUUGGAGAUAUAUUUAAUUCUUUAGGAAAGUCUAUGGAUUUUUCUUUAACUGCAGAUACAAAUAUUUUAAUGCCAGAACCAUUGAUUAUGGAUCCGAUAAAUGCUCAACAAAAUGGAAAGAAAAUUGGCGAUAAUGCUGAUACACCUGAGAAAAAAAUGGAUAGCAAAGCCAGAGCAUUAGAGGAAUUAAAUGAAUUGGGAGAAUCUCUCCUUAAACAAAGUUUGUCAUAUAAAGUGGCAAAAGAGUUGCCUUCGGAUGGAAAAAAAAUGUCUUUAGCUAAUGUUGGUAAACUUCAAUCAAAAUUUGAUCAUCACAAUUCUAUGGGUUUAACUUCUACGAAUAAUAAUGCAACACAACAAAAUAUAAUAGAUAAAUCAAGUAAAAAUGAAAAUGAUAAAGUUAAAAGAGAUUUAAUAUCUCCUAGUUUUCUUAAUGGUGAUGAUACAUUAGUCGAUGUAUCGCAACCUACUGAUAAAAAUAAAAACAUUGAAACAAGUGAAAAAAAUACAUCGACAAAAGUAAACGAUAUACCAGCAUUAACUUCUGAUUCUGAACCAAUGAUCAAGUCUCUAGCUGAUAUUAAUGUUAAUCUUCAAGAUAUUAAACCAGGUAAAAAUCCACCAAUAACAGUAAUAGAAGAAAAAAAUGGUAUCUCAGUAGUACUUCAUUUUGCACAAGACAGUCCAAGACCAGAUGUUUCUGUAAUAGUAGUUACAACAAUGAGUAAAAAUGCCAAACCACUUAGCAAUUAUUUGUUCCAAGCCGUAGUACCUAAGAAAUGUAAGUGUAGACUUCAACUUCCUUCUGGUACAGAAUUACCAGCACAUAAUCCGUUUCUUCCACCUUCAGCGAUUACACAAAUAAUGUUAAUUGCAAAUCCACUUAAGCAAUCAGUAUCUUUAAAGUUUAUGUUGAGUUAUACGAUGGACGAUGAGACUUUUACUGAAAUGGGUGAAGUGGAUAGACUUCCACAUCUAUAAAAUUAAUAAGAUCAAAUAGAACAUAAGAAGAAUGUGAGUAAUAUGACGAUAAUGAUUUUUUUUAAAUACAAAUGAAGAGUAUUUCUGGACUGAGCAUUUACUACUACAUUUCACUCCAUUAUAUAUCACUGGGACAAAACUGAAUCUUAUUAGCAUAAGUGAAUGUGGAAUGUUCUUUUAUUACAAUCUAUAUACAUAUAUUAUAUAUAUAUAUAUAUAUAUUUUUUUUUUUUCCUAACAUUUCAAAGAACAGUCUCUUAAUAAUGCAGACAUUAUGUAGGUAUAGAAAAAAAAGUAUUUACUUGAAUUAUUUC